AUGUCUAGGAGCGAAGUGGAAGUUGGCAAUGUCACCGAAGUGCAAGAGGAACGAGGGCGUGAAGAGACCCGAGUUCAGCCAAAGAAGAGGGCAAAGUCCAAGGAGACCAGGGGUGAGACAAGUGUCUCUGCGGACACAGUUGAGGCCUUCAAUACAAGGCUAGCCAAGGUGGAGUUGGCCAUGGGGGAAGUUUUUGACACUCUUGACUCGUGGGAAGAGGAACAAGAGAAUAGGAACGAAGAGAUAAAGGAGCUUGAGGGUCGACUACAAGGUGUGUUCAAUUCUUUUAUUGAUAGUAUGAAUAAAUCUAUGGAAGAAUUUUGUAGCACCAUUAGAGGGGAAAUUAUGUCCCUAAAGGAGGAACUUUGUGAGGUAAAGAGAGACCUCACAUUAAGCAAGGCUGUCCUAGCCGUGGGAGCAUCGACGAGUGCUACCCCAAAGGACAUAUUUGCUCGUCUUUUCAUUUCGUGUUGGGGAUUUUUGGCAUUAAAAUUAGUAAAUGGAGGACCUUUAACUAGCUAUGCUGUGAGAUCUGCACCACCCACCUUUGAUGUCAUGACAUUCGGAGCAGUCGGGGAUGGAAAAGCAGAUGAUGCCAAAGCUUUUAUGGCAGCAUGGAAAGCAGCGUGUAACCGAAGGACGAACCGUCCUAAGGUUAUCGUACCGCAAGGGAAGACUUAUUUGGUGAAUCAAAUCCAAUUUGGGGGGCCUUGCAAGUCCCCGUCAAUUAAAUUUGAGAUAUUGGGAACUAUUGUUGCACCUCCAAAAUCAGCAUGGACAAGCAAAAACCAAAAUUAUUGGCUGAGUUUUUAUCUCAUCAACGGUCUUAAUGUUGUUGGGAAUGAAAUAGGAGUUGUUGAUGGUCAAGGUUCUUCCUGGUGGGCGACUUUUGUGAGUUCUUUCGUGCUCUCAUUUGCUUACUUAAAUUGA